CAUUUCCUUCGCGCAUGCGCUAAGAUUUAAUGACAAUUCCCAAUUUAUAUAUGUAUAUAAUGUUACUCUGAAUGCAGAAAUUCAGAACUUCUGAAGUUUUUAUAAGUAAAAUAAAAGUUCAUCCUUAGUUAUUUUUUGCCUAAUUCUAAAGUAAUUCAUCUCUUUUUUCAUAUAAGUUGCCUAAAAGUAAGUGAAUAGAGGUCAAUUGACAACUGAGUGAAACGCACCCAGAUGAGUGUCAUAGAUACAUUUCUUAAAUACGCACACCAUUUUCAUUACUUAUUCUAAUAUUUGUAAUGGCUUUGGCAAUGCCCUUCUAGGAGUUAAAUUUAACGAAACACAAAUAAAUCAAUGUUAUGUACUAUACACAAAAUACCAUUGUGUUUACAAAAUAUUUGGUGGAGGAAAAUAAAGUUCCAGAGAGUAGAGAGAAAAAAUAUUCCAUGCCGUGGAUGCUUAGGGCUGGAACGGAAUGGGGAGGAUUCCAAGUUGUUCCUUUAUCUAGUUUCAACCGACAAUUCAUUGGUUUGAUAACCACUUCGCGACUUCCAUUGCAAAAUUUUUCGUUUUAAUCAUGUAACAAUUACACGUUUCUGUGAAUAAAUAAUUAAAUUAUAUCUUCUUUAUCCUGUGUAUUGUGCAAUGCGACCUGUACAUCUAAAAAUGUAAUGCUUACGUGAUAAAUAAGUGACAUGAAAAACAUUUGCAAACAUUAUUGCAAUACCAUUUUAGCAUAGUCCGCUACCUAACUUAUUGUGCUAUUGAAAUACACACAGUGAAUUCUCCACAUACUAUUGGACGCUAAAGGACUCCAUAAAUAAAUAAUACGUCAUUCAACAAAAUUUUAAAGUUGAAGACGACAGCGCAAUGAAGUUUUUAUUCGAAAUAUUAAGACUAUUUAUUAGAAAGUCGUCUUCGGGCGGAACUCUCAGAGCUUGGAUACUUUCAGCUCUCAUGGUACAUGGAGCAGUAGCUGGAAACCCCGACGCAAAACGGUUAUAUGAUGACCUUUUAAGCAACUAUAAUAAAUUAGUUAGACCUGUUGUUAAUACGACAGAUGUUCUAAAAGUGUGCAUUAAAUUAAAACUUUCACAGCUUAUAGAUGUGAACCUAAAAAAUCAAAUUAUGACCACAAAUCUUUGGGUUGAGCAGUCAUGGUAUGAUUACAAACUUCGAUGGGAACCAAAAGAAUAUGGUGGAGUUCAUAUGCUGCAUGUUCCUUCAGACCAUAUAUGGAGACCGGAUAUUGUUCUUUAUAAUAAUGCUGAUGGUAACUUCGAAGUGACUCUUGCAACAAAAGCCACAAUUUACUCAGAAGGAUUAGUUGAAUGGAAACCACCAGCAAUAUACAAAUCAUCCUGUGAAAUAGAUGUAGAAUAUUUCCCAUUUGAUGAACAGACCUGUGUUCUAAAAUUUGGCAGUUGGACUUAUGAUGGGUUUAAGGUUGAUCUAAGGCACAUGGAUGAACAACAGGGCAGCAACGUUGUUGCAGUGGGUGUGGACUUAUCUGAAUUUUAUAUGUCUGUGGAAUGGGACAUUCUCGAAGUUCCAGCUGUAAGGAAUGAAAAGUUUUAUACUUGUUGCGACGAACCAUACUUGGACAUCACAUUUAAUAUAACAAUGAGAAGGAAGACCCUUUUUUAUACUGUUAAUAUAAUAAUUCCGUGUAUGGGAAUAUCCUUUUUAACUGUAUUGACAUUUUACCUUCCAUCGGAUAGUGGAGAGAAGGUCACACUGUCUAUUUCCAUUCUUAUUAGUCUCCACGUGUUCUUUCUAUUGGUGGUUGAAAUUAUACCGCCGACGUCAUUGGUUGUUCCGUUGCUGGGAAAAUACCUUAUAUUUGCCAUGAUACUUGUGUCUAUCAGUAUCUGCGUGACGGUUGUUGUUUUGAACGUUCAUUUUCGUUCACCUCAAACUCAUAAAAUGGCACCCUGGGUUAAGCGCGUCUUUAUUGACUUUUUGCCAGCGUUUUUAUUCAUUAAAAGGCCGACGUACAACUUCGAAACAAGUAAAUUACUUUUAAAGGACACACAUGCUUGCUUUUAUCCUUAUUAUUCUGCGACAAAUAUUGAUCGACUCGUGUCUUCAGGAUACAAUAAUGGUCUACCAAAGGAAGAAUUAUCGCAAAGCAUUACGGCGAAUGGACCAUUUGGAGGAAGCUGUCAGGUACAUGGCCCAGUGCCGCCACUCACGCAUUGUAGUUCAGACGAAAUAGCCGCCGUCCCCGAUAUGGAUAUAGGUUCUUUAGGGAUGAAAAGUCCCAUUUUAAACAAUCCAGCAUUUUCCCAUUCCAAAUGCCUUCCAAAAAUUCACAAAAGCUGUUUUUGUGUGCGCUUUAUAGCAGAGCAUACAAAAAUGCAAGAGGACUCAACUAAAGUUAAAGAGGAUUGGAAAUACGUUGCCAUGGUGUUGGAUAGACUUUUUUUGUGGAUAUUUACGUUGGCAGUUGUAGUUGGGACCGCCGGAAUAAUUUUACAGGCUCCUACGUUAUAUGACGACCGCAUCCCAAUUAUUGAGCAAAAGGACCUGGACUUCUCGGGAACAUCAGCCGGACGCUGUAGACCUCCGCAAUAACAUUAUCAUAUUGGAGGAAUUUAAUUUAAAGCGAAGGUGUAUCAUAUUAGUAUUAUAUUAUUAUUUUAAAAUACUAUUUUCAGCAAGAAACCAUGUUAACACACAUACAUAUAUGUUUUGAAGGCUUUAAGUAACAAGUUUAGUAUUCUAUAUUUUCGACCACAUUUAGAUAUUCCAAUCUGUGCUAUUGGGUGGUUCACUAAAUACUUCGGUUUUUUUGUAAAUGUAAAUGAACACGUUAUACACAUUUAUUCCUAUUAGCCAGCACUUGGGAUUUUAUUCAAGGAAUUAUUUGAAUCGGCAUCAAGAAAUUUAAGAAUCAAAUUUUAACAUUUUAAUAUUAAAACAGAAAUGCUGUUUUUGAUGUUGCAUA